AUGGAUCGGUUCAUUCCUACGACGACGAUGCCAGGCGAAGGUGAUGACGAUCACGUACUGAAGGAACGUAUCUCCGGCCGAACAGGGCUCAAUUUCCGUCUACGUCGUUCAUUCUUAAUUGACCGUCAACAUCCAAGCACGGCGAUGCACUUUCGUUCCACUCAUCUGUACCAGCAGGAGUUGGCGCGCCAUGUUCGGAGUGACUAUUGGUACAUCAUUCACCCGUUUUGCAUAUUCCGGUUCUACUGGGAUAUCGUUCUGAUUGUUUACUACUACGCCAUCGCCUUCCUGAUCCCGUUCCUGUUUUGCUUCACGACGCUGGCCAAGGUUCAAAAGGGAGAGUAUGUGCUUACGAUUUUUUUGAAUAUGAUCGCCACGAUGGACUUUGUUCUUCGUGCCUUCACAGGACAUCAGGUGCAACAAAGCGGCAUUGUUGAGUUGCACCAUGGCAAAAUUUUGCUGAAAUAUUUAAAGACCGAUAUGAUAAUUGAUGUGUUUGUGAUGCUGCCGGUAACUUUGCUGGUUGCUCUAUAUUACGAAGAAACCCCGGACGCUGUUGAGGAAAUGGUGGUGAAUAACACAGUAUACGCGAUCAUUUUGCUGAAACUCAUUUCUUUCCGCCACAUUUGGGGCUAUCUUGUAAACGUCUUUAAGCGUUGCAAAGUCGAUCUGUUGAACUAUUACUUCUUGCGCACCGUGUUAAUGUCGUUGGUUAUCGUCCAUUGGUGCGUCUGUAUAUACCGAAUCACUAUUUUUGAAUGGGAUGCCAACUUUGCAUCCGAGAACCUCUCGUAUCUCGAUGCGCUCUAUCAAUACACGGCUUGCUUGUAUUCGGUGUCCUGGUUCAUGUUCGCGUACAGCUUCGUUGACCGGGAAGUACCGUCCGAUAGCCGUUCAAAGUUACUCAGCUCGGCUUGCAUCAUGAUUGGAUACAUAUUUAAAAUUUUUAUCUUCCUGCAAAUCAUAAAGCUGGUCGAAAUCAUGAGUUCAAUGGAUAGGAAGUACGCCGAGGUGACCAACCAACUACAAACCUUUGUUCGAACGAAACAAUUCCACACAACCGAUAUGAAACAACGUUUGCUGUACUAUUAUGCUAAGCGAUUCGAGCAUUGCUUUUUCCAAGAGGACAUCAUAAUGGAGAGUUUAUCAGAUACUUUAAAGAAGCGAAUUGCUGACUACAGCGCAACCAGGUUUUUGAAGACGGUAAAAAUUUUUGAUGGAAUAACCGUCGAAGUACUUCUGCCGGUCGUGGAAAAAAUGGACAAAGAAAUAUACAUGCCAGACGAUAUGAUCGUCAAAGCCGGUUCGUUUGGUGAUCGAAUGUAUUUCAUCAUCCUGGGCACGGUCGCCGUAUACACUCACAGUCGCAAAGAAAUUUGCCAUUUAUCGGAUGGUGAUAAUUUCGGCGAGGUGUCGAUGUUCACGAGGAAGAAGCGGCUCGUCAGUGUGUUUGCGGACGAGUUCACACAAGUGUACACGUUGGAAAGAAAAGCGUUCAGGGAAAUGUUCUCCGUCGAGCACGUUUUACAUCAGCGCCUGCAGGAAAUGGCUAACGAGCGCAUGCAGCUUACGCUAUUGCUGGAAGAGCAGCACAAGAACCAUCUGCUAAAGAUGGACACAAUUUAG